AUGAAGAAAUGGGCGGACAACAAGAGGCGACACUUGGAUUUUGAAGAGGGAGACAUGGUGAUUGUAAAGUUCUUCCCUCAUCGCUUCAAGAAUCUCAAGAACGUGCACAAGGGACUGCUUCGCCGCUAUGAAGGUCCAUUCCCCAUAGUGAAGAGGAUUGGCAAGGUGGCGUACAAGGUGGAGGUGGCAUCGCAUUUGGAGAUCCAUCCAGUCUUUCAUGUGAGCCAACUCAAGGCUUUCCACGAAGACAAGGAGGACGAGCAGCGAAAGGAGUGGCGCAACCUUCCGGAGAGUGAAGCAACUUGGGAAAAAGAGCUCACGCUUUGGAAGAACAAGGACUUGAUCGAGGCAUUCCAUCACGAGGACGCGACGAGGGCGUCACGAGCAUAG